UUCAAGAUCUCAGUGACAGAUAUGUGCCCAACACCAUAAACCAACUUACUUUUAAGUACAUGAUGUGCAAAAUGGAUUCCAGCACAGAUUCAGACUCAGAAAUCAGUCCGAGAUGGUCUGACACCAGUACUCUGGGAUGUAGAAGCAGUGCAACUUCACACCGAACAGCAUCUUCAUACAAGUUUGCAGGAAGACACGCCUCUCCUUCUUUGCUUUUGGACCCAUAUGAUGGGAGCUCUGAGGAUUCUGACCAGUCAAACGCUGGUGCCAGCAUCAGCAGCAGGCAGACAAGGCAGCAGGGAAAAGCCGGUGGGUGUCGACUGUCAGGCCGAAGGAGGCGACCAGUCCUACCUCAUGCUUUGAUACCUCAUGCUUUGACCCUCAGUAAAAUGAUGAAAACUGGGAAGAGGGAUUCUUUAAUAGAUGAGCACUCUGCAAUCAGAUAUGACAGUGAUGUCCAGAUGGGAUGUGGAGGUGACCCUGAGCUGUGGGACUGUGACAGGGACGUCUCUGGAAACACUGUAACACACCUCCAGACUACGGCUAUGGAGCUGCAGCUCAACGACUCAGGCUUCCACAUGAGAUCUUCCACACCCAAACGUCAAACCUCAGUGGGAAAAGGUUCAGUACAGAUGCUGAACAGCUGCUUGGAGCGAUCAUCAUGCAACCUCAGAUCUCCGUUCAAGAGAAAGGUGGAACUCCAGGAAGCUGAAGUGGAUCUGGGGCCAAGAAAAAGGCACUAUGUCGAGAACAUGGAGGACGAACAUGAACGAAAGGACUGAACAAAAACCUACUGACAGUAAAACUGUAGUUAUUUAGAAAUGCAUUGAAUUUGCUCAUGUAUGUUC